GGGCCAUUGGCAACACCCCACUGGUAAAUACCUGAACAAAAAAUCACACUCCUGAUAUUAAUAGUCGUUUAAGAAGAAAAAACAUUUCCUCCUUAUAUUCCAUCUAACCAAACAAAUGCCAUUAUAAUAAAAAACAUUUUUGUAGAUGCGCAUCAACAGUUUGAGCAAUGAAACUGGCUGCGAGAUCCUCGGCAAGGCUGAGUUCAUGAACCCCGGCGGAUCAGUUAAGGACCGAGCAGCGCUCUUUGUAGUUGAAGACGCCGAGCGUCGCGGGCUAAUCCAACCCGGCGGCACUAUAGUCGAGGGCACCGCGGGCAACACCGGCAUUGGCCUUGCCCACGUGUGUCGGGCGAAAGGCUACAAGUGCAUAAUCUACAUGCCAAACACCCAGAGCCAGGAGAAAAUUGAUCUACUCAAGAUGCUCGGCGCCGACGUCCGCCCAGUACCCGCGGUGGCUUUCGAUAACCCGGAGAACUACAACCACCAGGCGCGGAGAUGCGCGGAACUGUUGGAGAACGCAGUGUGGACUAAUCAGUUUGAUAACACGGCGAAUCGACAGGCGCAUAUUGAGACCACGGGCCCGGAGAUUUGGGCCCAGACAGGGGGGAAGAUUGAUGGGUUUACGUGUGCAACGGGUACUGCUGGGACGUUCGCCGGUACAACGAGGUUCUUGAAGGACGUGUCUGGAGGUCGCGUCAAGUCGUUUGCCGCAGAUCCCCCGGGUUCGAUUAUCUACAGUUAUAUCAAGUCACGCGGAAAGGAGAUGAUCCGCGGUGGAUCUUCCAUUACUGAGGGAAUUGGACAGGGGAGGAUUACGGAGAACCUGCGCCCGGAUAUCCACCUGGUUGACGACGCUCUGAAGAUCCCUGAUUCAGACACCAUCCGGAUGCUUUACCGCUUACUCGAUGAGGAGGGCAUUUACCUCGGUGCAUCCUCGGCCCUUAAUGUCGCGGCCGCUUAUGAGAUGGCUAAGAUGAUGGGGCCUGGAAACACUAUUGUGACCAUCUUGUGCGAUGGCGCAUAUCGUUACCAAUCGAGGUUGUUCAGCAAGAAGUGGCUAGAGUCGAAGGAACUGGUGGGCGCUAUUCCGGAGCACCUGAAAAAAUAUAUUGUUCUCGCGUAAAACAAAAACAAAUUAAAAUUUUAGUUUUUAGAUGCACCUAAUAUAUUUUAUAAAAAGAUUAUAAAAAGAUUAUUUAUAUAUUCCAAAGGAAAACACUUUUCGACUGCUCCCGGCAGAC